GACUUCCCCUGAGAAGAACGUUAAUCAAUUGUAUGUAUGUAUUUUGGAGGAAGAGAGCAGAUUGGAUUGAUUUUGACACAACGAGAGAGAGAGAGAGAGAGAGAGAGAGAGAGAGAGAGAGUAAUGAGGAUUGAGGUGAAGUGUAAUUGCGGCGGAGAAAACAAGUGCGAAGAAUGGGCGAUCGUGGAAUUGCAAGGCGUCAUCGAACCUCAACCCGACUUCAAAGAUCGUCUUCAAAACCUCCCAAUCGGACAUCUAUGCCGCCCUUCUUCUCAGGAGACCUACACUUUGACUGUUGGCUAUCAUGAAUUAAUGGGAUCCAAAGUGCCCUUGAAGAAGCCCUUUUUGGUCUUGAAAAAAUUGAGGCAAUCAUCAUCAUCAUCAUCAUCAUCAAGGGAACAAUUGGAAGUUGUCGGCAUCAUUCGACACCGCUUUUUGUUCAAGACCAGACCCAAGGCCCUAAUUUCCAGGCCACAACCAUUUGUGAAGGAAAGAGUCAGUGCAACAGGUUCCCUUGUGCCAAACUGAUGAUUAACAUGAAAUUCUUCUGCGGCAAUUUUCGGGGUCUGAAGGAAUCAAGACAAGUAAAUUCGAAGUUAUCUGGAUAUUUUUAGAUGCCAACCUUGAAUUCCAUUGUAUUAUUGUGGUAUCUUAAAUUAUGUGUUUUCUGUGCUAGAAGGAACCAUACUUAAGUCACUAUCUAUUUGCUGUACUUGGAUAUUCAAAAUUUUAUUUAAAAUGCUUAUUUUGUUUUUAACA